UAUUACCCAUCCUCUUUUUUUCAGAUGAAGUGCCACUCACUGUCAUUUAUUGGACUAAACGGACAGGAGGGUAGACUGAAUAAAAGAGACACAAAGCUAAAGCAUACAAAACAAUGCAACAAAAAAAGGAUAAUGCUAAUCCCAUGUUGAAUGUAGAUGUAACUUUAGACCAAUGUCUACUGUCAGGAGCCAAACCAACCAUCCGGGGGGGCCAAACUCUCUGUACUCCAUUUAGUAACUUUAGUACCACUUGAGGUCGCUGGUGGGAGCACAGCUCAUAAUUAUGGCUGGAAUGGAAUGAAUUGAAUGGCAUCAAACACAUGGUAACCAUGUAUUUGAUACUUUUCCGCUCCAGCCAUAACCACAAGCCCGUCCUCCCCAAUUAAGGUGCCUCCAACCUCCUGUGUUUUAUUACUCAAUUUACUCCAUUGGGGCUCAAUGAUCAAUUUCAAUUUGUGGCUCAUAUUAGCCCCUAGUGGUAGCAUUCUGUACUGUCACCAGCCUCUCCAACUGAAGUUAUGUGACUGCACUCACCUAGCAUGAAAUUUGUUUUGUUUACGGUUGGUGUUGCCAGGAUAUGUUCACUGAAUACCACUCCUCUCCUUAGACCCAUUCUUGUCUGCAAUGAUUUAAACUGUCAGUCAUCUAAACAUGAGUGCCCAGGACUUAAUAACAUUCAAUAUUGGAGGUCAAACAUUCACCACUACUCUGUCAACUCUCAGAAGACACCAAGACUCAAGAAUAGCUAGGAUCCUGGAUGGCAAAGACGCAGAUUUUAAAGUUAUCAGUGGACAAGUUUUUGUAGAUAGAGAUGGGACUUUCUUUAAAUACAUCCUGGAUUAUAUGAGGACAGGUCAAAUCACCUUGCCAGCAGAAUUCUCUGACUACAAUGGCUUGGCUCAAGAAGCACAGUUCUAUGGUUUGCAUCCUUUGGCACUUUGGGUUGAGAGGAACAGCCAUCGAUCCAGAGUUGAGGUUCUAGAGUUGCGCUUCUCUGUCCAGGAAACUCACGGAUUCUUCCAAAUAUUCUGCUCCAACAACAAAACUCUGGAGGCUUUGGCGAGAAGGAUAUCCAUUUUUGUGGAACAUCCAAAUCUGAAUGGGAAUUUCCCACACCUGCCUCAGAACUCCAGCACACCUCAUCCUGUACCGGUCCAGAGACCCUCUCACCACGACAUGGUGUUCCACUGUGGGACUGACCAACUAGCCAGGGAUGACUUCUCUGCCAGGUUUGUAACUAUUGAGCCGGAUGACAGAAAGCUUCUCAACAGCACCAACGUCCUGGGCCUGCUGGUAGACACCCUUCUGAAGGAUGGGUUUCGCCUGAUUGACACAAGAACAGUUUCCCAAGAGGAGAAGACUGAAUGCUACAUGUUUGAAAGGAGCAGGAAUACCCAGAUCGUUGUACUGAGUGAAACCCCCAGAGCAGAACAUCUCAGAAGACAGGACACACAGAGCCAGCUUGGUGAAGGAAAGAAAAAGUGA